CUGCCCUACUCGCCGUCCCCGCAGCCCGCCCAUUACAGUCCACCCUGCGGCCAGCCCGCCACUUACCACUGCAACAUGCAAGCGACGAGCCUGUACACAGGGGAGCGCGGCCACGGGGAUGACACUUUACCGGAAUACACAAAUACGACAAGCGCCUCCUCUAUCUCACACCCCCACCAGAGCUCGAGCCAGGAGAACCAGCACUUGCAGCAGAACCGACUCGCGCCCUGGUACCUCAGUCAGUCCGGAGAGCUGGGGCACCUGAGCGCCAGCUAUCCCGGCCAGCAGCAGAACUUUCACGCGGUGCGCGAGAUGUUCGAGACGCAACGGAUAGCUCUGAACAGCUCUCCGGUGACCGGAAGCAAUAGCUGUCAGAUGGCUUUCCCGUCCAGUCAGCCACUCUACCGGGCUUCCGGAGCCUUUGUAUACGACUGCAGCAAGUUCUGACCAAACGUUUCAUGAAUUUCAAAAUUGUUUAAUAUAUAUAUUUGUAUUAUUUGCCAUGUGUUUGUAAUUUAAGGAAGCUUUUAGGUCAGUGAACUCGGGCUGAUGCGAGUUUGUGUUGCAGGAUAAUUUCGCUGCACAUAAACAUUCUCUCCCUGCUCGUCCAUCAAGAUAGAUUAAAAGAAAAUGUGUUAAUUUAUUUCAUGCAAGAGCAGGUGCACCAACUUUGCAAGGAAAUAUCUUACGUAUUUAUAAUCAAUUCAGUAUAGAAAGGUAACGAGUGUACAACCGAGUUACAGUUUUUUCUUAUACCUUUUGAAAAUAUCUAAAGUUACUAUUUGUUUAAUAAACUGUCGUCUUG